CCUUAGCCGCUCUUCUUUUCUACUCCCUUCUCCGUCAGGAAGACUCCCUCUCACUGGUACUCUCUCCAUUUCUCAAACCCUAACAAAAAAUGGCAGAAAGAGGCGGAGGAGAACGCGGCGCCUUCAGGCGUGGCUUCGGCGGCAGAUCCGACCGUGGUCCUAGAGGCAGGCGCCGCGGCCGCAAGGACGAAGAAGAGAAAUGGGUACCCGUGACAAAACUCGGCCGUUUAGUCAAAGCAGGCAAAAUCACAUCCCUGGAGCAAAUCUACCUCCACUCUCUCCCCAUCAAAGAGUACCAAAUCGUCGACCAACUCGUUGGCCCUUCCCUAAAAGACGAGGUCAUGAAGAUCACUCCUGUCCAGAAACAAACACGUGCCGGUCAGCGCACGCGUUUUAAGGCUUUCGUCGUUGUUGGCGAUGGAAAUGGACACGUGGGAUUGGGAGUGAAGUGUAGCAAAGAAGUUGCGACGGCUAUAAGAGGGGCUAUUAUAUUAGCUAAGUUGUCUGUGAUACCGGUGAGGAGAGGCUAUUGGGGUAAUAAGAUCGGGAAACCUCACACAGUACCGUGCAAGGUUACUGGGAAAUGUGGGUCCGUUACUGUUAGGAUGGUCCCGGCUCCCAGAGGUGCGGGGAUUGUGGCUGCUAGGGUGCCCAAGAAGGUGCUUCAGUUUGCUGGGAUUGAGGAUGUUUUUACUUCAUCCAGGGGUUCGACUAAGACUCUUGGUAACUUUGUCAAGGCCACCUUUGAGUGUCUUCUGAAAACUUAUGGUUUCUUGACACCUGAUUUCUGGAAAGAGACACGCUUCACAAGGUCUCCUUUCCAGGAGUAUACAGAUCUGUUGGGAAAGCCUGUGAAGCCUCUUGUACUUGAAGAUGCAGAGAGGGUGGAUGUAUGAUGGUGAUAUGAGUUAUUGAUAAGUCAUGGCUUUAGUGCCUAGGAUAGUAAUAUGAAGUUCUUUUUGUCCGCUAUGACAAUUGCAAUGAUUACUGUUUUGCUUAUUUGGUUGUCAUCAGAAAUUCAGUACUUGUUCAGCAACUUAAGUUUUGUUUUGCUUCAAUCUGGAUUCUGUAUAAGCUUAUGGUUACAUGAGUUUUAAAGUUUUUAUUCUUAUG